UUUCCAUGGUUAUGGUUCAAACCGAUUUGGUACUUGACCGGGGUUGGCUUCGAAUUUGAUCGUCUUGUGAAACUCACAAAUGACUUCACCAGAAGCGUCAUUGCCGAAAGAAAGCAAGCAAUGGAAAAGGAGGGACUUCUUGAUGGCAAUGGACGUGACUGCAGAAAAGAGAAACUGGCGUUUUUAGACCUUCUGUUGCGUAUGCAGCAUGAAAAUCAACUUAGCGAUGAGGAUAUCAGAGAAGAAGUCGAUACGUUCAUGUUUGAGGGCCAUGACACAACGUCCAGUGGUAUCGGAUUUACCGUUUGGUGGUUAGGAUUCUCGACAGAAGCUCAAAGAAAAGUUCAUCAAGAACUUGACAGUAUAUUUGGUGAUUCGGAUAGAUCUCCAACUCCAGAGGAUGUUAAGCAAAUGGUGUAUCUAGAAAAGUGCAUAAAAGAAUCGCUCCGUAUGACUCCUUCUGUUCCUUUGGUUGCGCGAAGACUUGUUGAGGAUGUUGUUGUUGGUGAAACAAUUCUUCCUGAAGGACUUACCGUAGUGGUUGUUCCUGUAACUACUGCAAGGGAUCUACGAUACUGGGAAAAACCUGAUGAGUUCUAUCCAGAACAUUUUGAUGCUGAUAAAAUAGCAGGAAGAGAUCCGUUCUCGUAUGUACCAUUCUCUGCAGGUCCUCGAAACUGCAUAGGUCAAAAAUUCGCAAUACUUGAAGAAAAAACCGUGCUUUCAUGGAUAUUCCGUCGCUACAGUGUGGAAUCCCUCGAUCCCUUUCCAGACAACAGACCAUUACCCGAGAUAAUUCUGAGACCUAGCAAAGGAUUUCGUGUCAGAUUAACAAAGAGAAAAGUUUGA